CCUCCAGCAAUUUGACGGUAGACUAAAACCAGUAUCAAGCAAGAAGUCUGAGAAAAAAUGCACGGAAACGUUGAAAAGGUUGUAUUCGUUAUUUUCUUGAUGGCUGUGCCUUUGUCGCACUGUAACACAUCACGAAACGUAUUCACGGAAGAGGAUUUAACUCCCAUCGUAGAAAAUCUCAAAUGGGACGACAAAGAGGAGCAAACAGCCAUGGCAGAUUACUUCCACCCAAAGAGUUCCGAUGUACAGAAACGUAGCAACGUUGUCUCAUGCGAUUGCAGGGAAUUUGCUCAUAAGAGACUGACAGAAUCAUGUCCAGAUGGCUGUAUUCCUUUUUGGGAAAAGGAUUGCAAUAAAAGUUAUUGCAAUACUUGUCAUAUUUCAUUCAAGAAUUGAAGCACGUGUAACUUUCGACUGAACCAAG